AGACAGUAAGACUCAGGCAAGAGUUGCACAAACUGAACCUGAACGCGAAACUCCAAAGAUAUCAGCGGAUUGCCAUCCUGAGAGAAAAGACUUCUGGAUGUAUAAAAGCAAUACUUUACUUUAGAUUAUUCGGUCUAGAAAAGACUAUAAAAAUACUUUAUUCUCUAUUAAAUAGGCAAUUAACGCACUUUCAAUGGAAUACCAAAUGGCUGCAGAAUUAAAAGGUUUGUGCAAUGGUAAAAUUGUCACAGAGUAUCUCUGCCGUAACGGCUUUAGCGAGCUGUCACUGGAGGCGAAGAAAGUCGCUUUCCAGCACAAAAACGAGACAUCCCGGAAAGAGGCGGAGGAUGAGUCGCGGUUACCUGCGCUGGAGGCGGCGUACGCAAGCAUAUUGCGAGGGCUCGGAGAAAACGCUGACCGACAAGGGCUCCUCAAAACCCCACUCCGUGCAGCCAAGGCCAUGCAGUUCCUGACCAAAGGGUACCAUGAAACAAUCUACGAUAUCCUUAAUGAUGCCAUCUUUGAUGAGGACCACAAGGAGCUGGUUAUUGUGAAAGAUAUUGACAUGUUUUCUCUUUGUGAACAUCACCUAGUACCAUUCUUUGGCAAGGUUCACAUAGGAUAUCUGCCAAGUAAAAAGGUUGUUGGCCUCAGUAAGCUUGCAAGGAUUGUUGAAAUCUACAGUCGGAGGCUUCAAGUUCAAGAGCGUCUAACGAAGCAAAUUGCAAUGGCAAUCUCUGAGGCUUUGCAGCCUGUUGGUGUAGCAGUUGUCAUUGAGGCAGCUCACAUGUGCAUGGUCAUGCGUGGAGUGCAGAAGAUGAACAGCCGUACAGUGACCAGUGCCAUGCUGGGUGUGUUCAGGGAGGACCCAAAGGCUCGGGAGGAGUUCCUGGCCCUGACCAAAAGUGCAUAGUAAUCCACACUUCCCUGCUGCAACUCAGGGUGUUUAAAUUGAAACAGGUCAACGAUUCUCUACAGGACGUUAGAGGAGUAUCUGAGGCAAAGUUAAUUUUGUUUGAGUAUAUUAAAAGGCUUAAGCAUAGACUUAUCAUGAUUGUUAAUAGCAGAAACAAUGAUAAUAGAUAAUAAUUGUUAACUUACUAAAAAGUAGAAUAUUAAACAUGUCAGUUAUAAGGCAUCUGUGAGAAUUAUUUUGUCUUGGCAUUCAGUGGUAGCUUCUCAAGAUGUGUUAUACUCGUACCUUCAAGGAAUUUACCUCAAAAGAAGUAGCUUGUAGUAACACUGAUCUAUCAAUAUUCACAUUUUAUAUAUUAGGAUUUCAAUAUAUGCAAACAAUGAAUACCCCUGAGUUUCAGCUCUAGGCAUUACAGUACACUCAUUCUGUGUGUAUGUAGCUGGUGGAAAGAUCUACAACUCUGGCUCAGUGAGAUUCUCUUAGCACCUUGGAGGGUUUGAAAAUGUAGAGUAUAUACUGAUCAGCCACAACAUUAAAACCACUGACAGGUGAAGUGAAUAACAUUUAUUAUAUCAUUACAAUGGCACCUACCAAGGGGUGGAAUAUAUUAGACAGCAAGUGAACAGUCAGUUCUUGAAUUUCAUGUGUUGGAAGCAGGAAAAAUGGGCAAGCGUAAGGAUCUGAGCGAUUUUGACAAGGGCCAAACUGUGAUGGCUAGACGACUGGGUCAGAGCAUCUCUAAAACGGCAGGUCUUGUGGGGUGUUCCCAGUAUGCAGUGGUUAGUACCUACCAAAAGUGGUCCAAGGAAGGACAGCCGGUGAACUGGCGACAGGGUCAUGGGUGCCCAAGGCUUAUUGAAGGCUAGCCCGUUUGGUCCGACACCACAGAAGAGCUACUGUAGCACAUAUUGCUGAAAAACGUAAUGCUGGCCAUGAUAGAAAUGUGUCAGAACACACAGUGCAUCGCAGCUUGCUACAUAUGGGGCUGCGUAGCCGCAGACCGGUCAGAGUGUCCAUGCUGACCCCCGUCAACUGCCGAAAGUGCCUAAAAUGGGCAAGUGAGCGUCAGAACUGGACCAUGGAGCGGCCUGGACUGAUGAAUCACAUUUUCUUUUAGGUAAUUUGGAUGGCUGGGUAGGUGUGAAUUUACUGCGUUUUUCAUGUUGUGUCAUGUCGCAAUGGGUUUUUUUACGUAGAAAUUUGAUUUUAUAAAUUUGAUACAUUUAUCGUUACAAUCUACCACUGUUGAAGUAUUGAAUUAAGGCAAGCUCAUGAGCAGGCUAUUUAGACAAUGUCAAAGCCUAUUCUUAAGAAAACAUUUGAGAACUUCUUAAAUUGUUUUUCAAGAAUUGCACUUAGGAACGUUCUUACGAACUUAUAAUUUAUCCUAAGAACUUACUUAAUUUUUUUCUUAAGAACAUUUUCGUGAAUCUGUCCCCUAGCAUUCAUGUGGAUGUUACUCUGACAUGUACCACCUACUGUACCUAAUGUUUGUUGCAGACCAUGUACACUCCUUCAUGGCAAUGGUAUUCCCUGAUGGUAGUGGCAUAUUUCAGCAGGAUAAUGCACCCUGCCACACUGCAAAAACUGUUCAGGAUGGUUUGAGGAACAUGACAAGGAGUUCAAGGUGUUGACUUGGCCUCCAAAUUCCCCAGAUCUCAAUCCGAUUGAGCAUCUAUGGGAUGUGCUGGACCAACAGGUCCGAUCCAUGGAGGCCCCACCUCGCAACUUACAGGACUUAAGGAUCUGCUGCUAACAUCUUGGUGCCAGAUACCAUAGGACACCAUCAGAGGUCUUGUGGAGUCCAUGCCUUGACGGGUCAGAGUUGACUGGCAGCACGAGGGGGACCUACACGAUAUUAGGCAGGUGGUUUUAAUGUUGUGGCUGAUCAGUGUCCGAUCAGC